AUGAAAAUCAAAGCACUCUCCCGCUCCACGGCGUCGCAACAGGCCCCCGGGUCCGCUGUCGUUCGCCAGUCGCGGAAUCUCGACCCGACUCAACAUCCUUUUGAGCGGGCUCGUGAAUAUACUCGAGCCCUGAAUGCGAUCAAGAUGGAGCGCAUGUUUGCUGCUCCUUUCUUAGCCCAGAUGGGUAACGGACACGUUGACGGUGUUUACUCUAUGGCAAAGGACCCCGGCUCACUUGAACGCUUUGCAAGUGGCAGUGGUGAUGGUGUGGUGAAGGUGUGGGAUCUAACGACGCAGGGCGAGGUUUGGAAUACCCAAGGCCAUGAAAACAUGGUCAAGGGUUUGUGUUGGACGCCGGAGCGAAAACUUUUGUCAUGCGCGAGUGACAAGACGAUUAAAUUGUGGGAUCCAUACAACUCAUCAUCUGAGGCCCCACCGAUGGCAACCUAUCUCGGAAAUAGUGCCUUCACCAGUGUCACGCAUCAUCGGAGCCUCCCUUCUUUUGCUGCGGCUUCUGGUGUCAUCUCUAUCUAUGACCUUUCCCGGCCGUCAUCCACACCAUCGCAGACUAUGCACUGGCCGACCAGCGUUGACACCAUCACAUCGGUUGCAUUCAACCAGACUGAGACUUCUAUCCUGGCUUCAACUGCUAUGGACCGCUCAGUCAUCAUGUACGACCUGCGCACUUCCCAGCCGGUGCACAAGACGACAUUGAGACUGGCAUCUAACGCCAUUUCUUGGAACCCAAUGGAAGCAUUCAACUUUGCCGUGGCGAACGAGGAUCACAACGCCUACAUCUUCGAUAUGAGAAAGAUGGACCGUGCUCUCAAUGUCCUGAAGGACCAUGUGGCUGCUGUUAUGGAUGUUGAUUUCAGUCCCACGGGUGAAGAGCUGGUCACUGCCUCAUACGAUCGGACAAUCCGCCUAUGGAACAGAUCAACUGGUCAUUCGCGUGACAUUUACCACACAAAGCGGAUGCAACGUGUUUUCUCGGCAACAUUCACGCCUGACAACAGGUAUGUCUUGACAGGAUCGGACGAUGGCAAUGUUCGUCUCUGGCGUGCCAAGGCAUCGGAUCGCAGUGGAGUCAAGACUGCCCGUCAGCGUUCCAAGCUAGAGUACGAUCAAGCUCUUAUCCAGCGGUACUCGCACAUGCCUCAAAUUCGCCGCAUCAAGCGCCAGCGUCAUGUACCCAAGCCGAUCAAGAAGGCUGGUGAAAUCAAGCGCGAGGAGCUCAAUGCUAUUAAGAGGCGCGAGGAGAAUGUGCGCAAGCAUACUAAGAAGACUAACCUGGCGCCGAGAACACAUGAGCGUGAGAAGAUGAUUCUGGCCAGCGAGCAAUAA